GGGGCCGGCCCGGCCCGGCCGCCACACGCAGGAUGGCGGCGGCGGGCGAGGCUGGGGCCGCUCGGAGGAGGCGGCUGCUGGGCUCCGGCGGGUGAAGGAGGCGGAACGGAGCCGGAAAGUGACCCAAAAGUGUCAGUUAAGAAUAAGAUCUCUGGCAUCCCACCCUGUGGAUUAGCAGCAAACAGGCGUAUCGUCUAGGUACUUCCAGAAGGUGCUUCAAAGAAGCCUCCUUGUGCGAAAAACCCUACGAGGAAAACAGCGCGUUUCCUGGAAACUCGUGGAGCAAAGCUCUCAAAAUGGCAGACAAUAAGGACAGUAAUGUUAAAAACGCAGAUGUGAGACCCAAAAGCAACCGGAGCAGAAGCGCGGACAGAAAGGAUGGUUACGUCUGGAGCGGAAAGAAGCUCUCCUGGUCCAAAAAGAGCGAGCACUGUUCUGAUGCUGAAACUGCAAGCGCUGUAGGAAGAUCGGGGUCUAAUUUAAAGAGCCAAGAGAGGAAAUACAGCUGCUCCUCCAUCGAGCUGGAUCUCGAUCGUUCAUGUGGUCACAGGUUUUUAGGCCGCUCUCUCAAACAGAAGUUGCAAGAUGCCGUGGGUCAGUGCUUUCCCAUAAAGAACUGUAGCAGUCGGCACGCCUCAGGACUUCAGUCGAAAAGGAAAAUUCAUAUCAGCGAAUUAAUGCUAGACAAGUGUCCUUUUCCUCCGCGCUCAGAGCUUGCUUUUCGGUGGCACCUGAUUAAAAGGCAUACAGCCCCCAUCAGCCAAAAGGCGGAAGACUGGAUAAUCGCUGACUUAUCCCAGAAUGAGGAGAAGGAGGAUCACCUGCGAGACGACGAGGUAGCCAACGGGGGAACAGACUCUCCCUCCCAGUCCUGUGACCUUACCGAUGGCAUUUCCUCCAGGGGGGACUCGAGGUCUGAGCUGGUGCUGGGUAAGGUGGUACGGAGCAGUAAAGAGGAGAGCGAUAUGGACUCCGACGACGAAGUUAUUACGCUAUGCACGAGCUCGAGGAAAAGAAACAAGCCCAAAUGGGAAACCGACGAUGAGCUGCUGCGGAUGGAAACACCUCCGAAAUACCACACGCAGAUCGAUUACGUCCACUGCCUGGUCCCAGACCUCCUUCAGAUCAACAACAACCCCUGCUACUGGGGAGUCAUGGAUAAAUACGCCGCCGAAGCGCUGCUGGAAGGAAAGCCGGAGGGAACGUUUCUGUUACGAGAUUCCGCCCAAGAAGACUAUUUGUUUUCUGUGAGCUUCAGGCGCUACAGCCGUUCCCUCCACGCGCGCAUAGAGCAGUGGAAUCACAACUUCAGCUUCGAUGCCCACGAUCCGUGUGUCUUCCACUCCCCAGACAUCACGGGACUCCUCGAGCACUAUAAAGAUCCGAGCUCCUGUAUGUUCUUUGAACCCCUUUUAUCCACUCCGUUAAACAGGACCUUUCCUUUUUCUCUCCAACAUAUAUGUAGAACAGUUAUUUGCAACUGUACCACUUACGAUGGCAUCGAUGCACUUCCUAUUCCUCCGUCAGUGAAGCUGUAUUUGAAGGAAUACCAUUACAAAUCAAAGGUUAGAGUACUCAGGAUUGAUGUACCAGAGCAGCAAAGCUAGAAAAUAUUUUUAUGGAAGAAUGAAAUUGUCUCUAAACAGAUAAAUUUGUGUUCAGUCUUUCCUCCUUUUAAGUUUCUUAAUGUCAGUUUGACUUUUUUUCCCUUCUUCUGCAGAUGAUUUACAACCCAAACUAGCCUCUGUCUAUGGCUUUUUUAUCCGGACGUACUUUGAGUCUUCCCAAGUCUUUUUAGAAAUGGUAUUCGUUGUGGGCUUUCGGUACUGUUCCCCAACUAGAGUUUUAUGGAAUUUCAGGUAGGCUUUCUGGUAUUUCUCUAGAUGGCUAGUCUUUAGAUCUAAAAACCUUAAAAAUCAGUUUUGAACUCGAUCUGUCUUUUAUAUUGUAAUUUGCAUCUGUUGCUGACAUGUUUGAAACAAUGCACAUUAACUAAAGAUUGACUCAUCUCUA